AGUAUUGAAUUUAUUAAAGCUAAACUAAUUAACAAAACGGCAUUGAAGAUUUGGCAUCCAAUACCUAUAAUAUAUGAAAAGGCAGAUUUUCAAAAAACUGAAAGCUCUUUAACAAAAUCGCAACUUUCAUCCAUUAUUAACUCUUUAAUUCCUUCUUUAGAUGAUUCUGAUCAUUCACAUUUCUGA